AUUUCGUGUAGAAAGGUUUGGCGAUCCCUUCGCUCGUGUCUCGGCACGAGCUAGCUUACAGGAAAAAUUCGUGGGGCUAAGAAAUGUGCUGAGAUCAUGUCAUAGGUAAUAUGUACGACGAUUGUGUUUGAGUUUGACACCGCUAUCCCAGUUUGUCCCAGGCUUGUAGUUGUACUAGUUGAAGGGGCAGUUGAGUCAGAGCGUACUACGGCUCGGGAUUGGCCGUCAAAUAACGCGUUUACGCUGUCGCCAACCCCGAUCUUUGAAGCUAACAGUUACUUACUAGUACAUAAGCGCAGGUACAUCAAGCUCUACAUAGCCGUAAAAGACAAUAAUAGCCAAGUAAAAGUAUCAAAGUAUAGCAGUUACGGAAAGUGAGCGCUCCGAUCCAGUGCGACUGCACGUGUGAGGUGGGAUCGCAUCAGAUCGAACUGUUUUCAAUUAUUUCUUGCCAAAAUGUUCUGUGUAGAGUAGUCUGACCCAGUAGUACUCAUGACAAAUUCGGCAACAAAGCCUGCUAGUCUAAUAGUAUCUAUGAAAUGGAAGAGACGGGACGACUGUAUUCGCUCGACGACAUCAGUGCAUUGAAAACUGGCAAUGCCUUGCUGCAAGCUCGCCUCCGCGGCACUGAAAUCCUAGCGAGGACUGUCGGGGAGCAAGAAGAGGAGUGUGAACUGCUCCGUCGCCAUGUCUAUGCUAUGAUCGAUGCUGUGCGCUGUGUUGAAAAUCAAUUGGAAGCUCUGCAUUCGUCAUGCAGCCAGUGCGUCGAAGAGCAGCAUACUGCUGUGGAACAGUUAUAUACACGUGCUGCUGCUGCUGACAGGACAUGUGGAGAUUUGACCAGCACUGUUGCCGACAAGGGCCACGAAGGCAAAACCUACUCGAACAAGGAAGUGCACUGCUCCUCGUCUCAUUGCCUAUUUUCUUCACAAAUUCUUGAGCUGAGAGUGGAGAAUGAGCGACUUCGCAUGGAUUGUACGUCCCCGGCCCCGCGGAGACAGUGCGCUGCGGAUAUGGCGACCACCAGUAGUGACACGGAGUCAACGGGCAGUAGACCUACAGUCGCUACAUGUCCAGACACCUGUCAUUCUGCGCCUGACGAAAAGGCUGCCACGACUCGACUAGCACUGUGCGAGGAGCUGUGCAAGAAGUUGAAAUCCAGCCAGGCCACGAUCAGAGAGUUGGAAGCAGAGCGAGCUGAGCAGAAUCGCAACUUGGAACACAGCAGGGGGUUGAAGAACAUUUUAGCCGAGUGCAAGUCCAAGUUGAUAACACUUGCGGAGGAUAAUAAAAAGCUACGCGACAUGAAUGUCAGCUGGCAGCAAUACUGCAGCAAGCAAGCUCAACGCGAGACCCAGCUGCAAGCUGAGAUCAAGCAGCUGCAAAUGGAAAAAGCCCAGCUACGCUAUGAGCAUGAGAGAUCAUUGCGGAUUGCUAAGAAUAAAGAGGCUGCUGGAAGAAUGUACAAAGCCGAGAAUACGAAGCUUACUUCCUAUCAGCUAGAACAGCUGGAAGCUCGUAAAAGCAAAGAUGGUCAUCAGGGUGUCUCAAGGAAUGCUGGUCAUUCAAAUUCUUCGAAUCGAAAGCUGCAAGAACAACAAAGACUUCAGACACAGAGCCACAGAUCAACAGCGCAACCUGCUACAGAGGUCUUGAGGCCACAGCCACCAUCCCAUAUUGCAGAGUGCGCAGGGCCAUCAAGCAUGUCAGUGUCAGCACAUGGCGAUUUCUCUGAUUUUGUGGCAAGAGGUGGUCCAAUGCACACAACUACCACAGCAGCAGAGCAACACUCGCAGAUUUCAUCCCAAGACACACUCAGCUGCACUUCUCGGUUCACAGUCACAACCAGCCCCAGCCCGGACAGGCCUCAGUCUAACAGUGAGAACAAGUUUUUCUGGGAGACUCCUCUGCGGGAUAUACCCGAGUCCGAAAUCAACAAGACGUUUCCUGAAGAAGUAGCGAAGCAUCGGCGUGAGCAAGAAGCAGCGGAGCAAGGUCCAGGGAGAGUGCCCCCCGGCUCCUCCUUGCAGCCUCAACCAAGUCAGGCCAGCGGCGGUGGCAUUAGUGCUUGCCGCAUCAGUAAGACACCAUUCCUGGCAUACAAGUCAAUGUCAUCAUUCAUGACUGCACUCAUCGGAGGAAAAGCAACUCGGACAGGGAAUGAGGUUACCAUGGCGUGGACCAAUGCACAAGGUGCUACCACAGUCACAGAAGCCACCAAAACAACAGAGGAUACACCUUGGAUUGCAAGAGGUUCAGAAGAAACCCAAAUACCAACAGGGCUGUCCACAACUUCAACAACAACUGGACCAGAUUCUGAUCCAGCUGCCGGAGUAGUCCCAGCAGUUGCAUCACCAGCUACUGAUCUAGCUGGUGGAGUAGUCCCAGCAGUUGCAUCGCCAGCUACUGAUCCAGCUGGUGGAGUAGUCCCAGCAGUUGCAUCACCAGCUACUGAUCCAGCUGGUGGAGUAGUCCCAGCGGUUGCAUCACCAGCUACUGAUCCAGCUGGUGGUGUAGUCCCAGCAGUUGCAUCGCCAGCUACUGCAGUGCAAGUACCGAAAGACUCUGUUGCAGAGGACGCAACACCAAAGCAUUCUGCUGCUUCAGUUGCUACUACUGUGGGAACACCUGCACAGGUUGCUGUGGCGGAUGUGCCGGCAAGAAUGGCGCCGCAAUCUUCCACAAUAACUACAGCGCCAUCGCCUACAAGAGGCGUAGUGCAAAGUUCUGCCAGAGCUGCUGCAACAUCGACCAGAGCUGCUACACCAUCGACCAGAGCUGCUACACCAUCGACCAGAGCUGCUAUAACAUCGACCAGAGCUGCUGCUGCAGCCGGUGCACAGCCUGCCCAGUCCCAGCGCAUGAUGAAGUGCAGUGGCUGCCAUCAGCACUUUACACGAGAUCAGUACUUGGCGCACAGGAAGAAGUGUUCUAAUAGAUAAGAGACCAGACUAACAGUUACUCACGUACUCACAUCAGCAUACAUGUAGUGCAGACCUGGGCAGUGUUGCAUGAUGUACAAUGUAGCAGUUGUCAUAACAACAACCACUGGGAAUGGUAUUACUAGAAGAUGCACAGCACUACAGAAAACGUGCAGUGUUCGUGUACAUGUCCUGGUGCAAACAAGAGGCACUUACAUGCCGAAGGAAAGCUCUAUUUCAAACGCGUUUUAAAAUAUUUGAUUUGCUUCUUCCAUUUGAAUUGAGUUGUUGAUCACUUGAGAGACCGCGAUGAUGAACACAGCUUACCUUUGAAAAGCGUUUGUUGAUGUUGAUAUUUUUGAGUUUUGGUGAGAUGAUGAAAUUGCGCCCAAUUGUCCUCUUUAUAUGAACAGCCGUAUCUAUUACCGCAGUAGGUCCCACUCGCAGGGCUGAGUUCUAUCAAUUCCUAUCCGGGCCAUAGCCUGAGGAGUAAAGGCAUUUAAAAAGCAGCUGGUCUACCAUAUCUGUAUCUCUACACUUACUGACACAUGGGUAGAUAAGUAAUGUGUCGCUUUUACAAGUCGUGAAUCAUGAUUGAAGAUAAUUCCUGAUCUCA